AUGAGUGCCGGAAAGCUUUUUUUUUAAAUGGUUUUAAGAUUUCUUUAUCUGAUACUUUGUUUUGCAGUAUUAUGUGCCAAGAAUCUUGCAAAGAAAGAUUUCUUCAGACUUCCUGACCCAUUUGCAAAAAUAGUUGUUGAUGGGUCAGGUCAGUGCCAUUCAACUGACACUGUGAAGAACACAUUGGACCCCAAAUGGAACCAACAUUAUGAUCUAUACGUUGGGAAGACAGAUUCCAUAACCAUCAGCGUAUGGAACCAUAAAAAAAUCCACAAGAAACAGGGAGCUGGCUUCCUGGGGUGUGUCCGACUCCUCUCCAAUGCCAUCAGCAGGCUAAAAGAUACUGGAUACCAGCGUUUGGAUCUAUGCAAACUAAAUCCCACGGACACCGAUGCUGUACGAGGCCAAAUAGUGGUCAGUUUACAGACGCGGGACAGAAUAGGCACAGGAGGUUCUGUAGUAGACUGUAGAGGGCUUUUGGAGAAUGAAGGUUUCCCCAUUUUCAGAACGGUUUAUGAAGAUUCUGGACCAGGAAGGCCGCUGAGCUGUUUUAUGGAGGAACCAGCACCGUAUACAGACACUACGGGGGCUGCUGGCGGAGGCAACUGUCGCUUCGUAGAGUCCCCCAGCCAAGAUCAGAGGCUUCAGGCACAGCGACUUCGGACUCCUGAAGUCAGAGGUCAUGUACAGACACCUCAGAACAGACCGCAUGGUCACCAGUCGCCUGACCUACCAGAAGGCUACGAACAAAGAACAACGGUACAGGGACAGGUUUAUUUUUUGCACACACAGACUGGAGUUAGCACAUGGCAUGACCCUAGAAUACCAAGAGACCUUAACAGUGUGAAUUGUGAUGAACUAGGACCUUUGCCUCCAGGUUGGGAAGUUAGAAGUACAGUUUCAGGAAGAAUAUAUUUUGUAGAUCAUAACAACAGAACCACACAAUUCACAGAUCCACGACUACAUCACAUCAUGAACCAUCAAUGCCAGCUAAAAGAGCCCAGCCAGCAGCCUCUGCCAGCUCCAAAUGAGGGGUCACUAGAAGAUGGUGAGGAGUUGCCUGCACAGAGAUAUGAAAGAGACUUGGUACAAAAGUUGAAAGUUCUUAGACAUGAGCUGUCUCUUCAGCAACCCCAGGCAGGUCACUGUCGCAUUGAAGUAUCCAGAGAGGAAAUAUUUGAGGAAUCCUACCGUCAGAUAAUGAAAAUGAGGCCAAAGGAUUUGAAAAAGAGGCUGAUGGUGAAAUUUCGAGGAGAGGAAGGCCUGGAUUAUGGAGGAGUAGCAAGGGAAUGGUUGUAUUUAUUGUGCCAUGAAAUGUUGAAUCCCUAUUACGGACUCUUCCAGUACUCCACAGAUAAUAUUUACAUGCUGCAAAUCAAUCCAGACUCUUCUAUCAAUCCUGACCAUUUGUCUUAUUUCCAUUUUGUUGGUCGGAUAAUGGGUCUGGCUGUGUUCCAUGGACACUAUAUCAAUGGGGGUUUCACGGUUCCCUUUUACAAACAGCUUCUGGGGAAGCCCAUUCAGCUCUCCGAUCUGGAAUCUGUCGACCCAGAAUUACACAAAAGUUUAGUCUGGAUCUUAGAGAACGAUAUCACCCCAGUUCUGGACCAUACUUUUUGUGUGGAACACAAUGCCUUUGGGCGGAUUUUACAGCACGAACUCAAACCAAAUGGCAGGAAUAUUCCAGUGACAGAAGAGAACAAGAAAGAAUAUGUCAGGUUGUAUGUAAACUGGCGAUUUAUGAGAGGAAUAGAGGCACAGUUCCUGGCUCUGCAGAAGGGUUUUAAUGAACUUAUUCCUCAACAUCUGCUUAAGCCUUUUGACCAGAAGGAACUUGAGCUAAUCAUAGGAGGCCUGGAUAAGAUAGACCUGAACGACUGGAAGUCAAACACACGUCUAAAGCACUGCAUGGCAGAUAGCAAUAUUGUGAAGUGGUUCUGGCAAGCAGUGGAAACAUUUGAUGAAGAAAGGAGGGCAAGGCUGCUGCAGUUUGUGACGGGUUCGACGCGUGUCCCACUUCAAGGUUUCAAGGCUUUACAAGGUUCUACAGGCGCUGCAGGACCCAGACUGUUUACCAUCCAUUUAAUAGAUGCAAACACAGACAACCUUCCAAAAGCCCACACUUGCUUUAACCGGAUUGACAUUCCGCCUUAUGAGUCAUAUGAGAAGCUUUAUGAGAAGCUGUUGACAGCUGUGGAAGAGACAUGUGGGUUUGCUGUGGAGUGAAAAAG